AUUUGAUCGAUCGAUCGAUCGAUCGAUCAAUUAGCUCGAUAUCCAUUAGCAAGCUGUUGUUGCAUCGAUCCAUGGUUGUAUCCAUUGAUUAAUUUGAUUAGCUGCAAGGGCAAGAACAUCAUAUCUGCUAGCUAGCUUGUCGUCGCAAUCAACGAUGGACUACUUCAACGGGACGGACGCGCACUGCGGCGGCGCCGUGGGCGCCAUGGGCUCCUACGUCUACAACCUCACCUCCUCCUACGCCGACCAGAAGAACGAGGUCAACAUCGUCGCCACCUCCCUCGCCAUGCUCCUCCUCGCCGCGCUCCUCCUCGCCUUCGACCUCCUCGCCGGCGCCGCCACGCUGCGCCCCGCCGCGCGCCUCGUCCUCUCCGUCUCCCUCGCCCUCUUCCUCCCCGUCACCUCCUACCUCUUCUCCGAGGCCAAGAACGACGUCCCCGGCGCCGCCGCCGCCGACGCCGAGCUGCCCCUGCGUGCGCGCCUCAUUCUUGCGUGGAUGCUGCUCGUCGAGCUGCUCCGCAAGAAGGUGGAGGCCACGGUCGCCGGCACUAAGGGCGCCAGUGGCGGCGGCCCCACCAGCCGUGCCGGCCGUGUCGCCUUCCUCGGCUACCUCGUCUUCUUCAACGUCCACGGCGCCGGCCGGAAGGCGGUGUUCGGCGUGCUCUGGGUGUUCGCCGCUGCCAAGCUGGUGCAGCGCGUCGCCAUCGGUGAGUUCGUCAAGCGCUCCUUCGCCUUCGGCAAGAACCCGCAGCUCCUCGCCGGCUACAUGGCGCAGACGCUGGAGCAGCAGGAGCGGCGCCCGCGGCGAGACGACGAGCUCAUGACGAGCUGCAAGUACGCCGUCAUGGGAGAGGAGAACCUGGAGAGGGAGGCCGGCCCGAACGGCUACCUCGUCGACCUGAACAAGACAGUCGCCGGCGAUGACAACGCCGACGACGCCGUCGUCGUCACCGUGGGCAGGGUGUGGUCGCUCGCCGAGAGUGACCAGCUGCUGGUGUCCAACCCGAAGCUGAAGCGGCUCUGCCUCUCGUACGCUCUCUUCAAGCUGCUUCGCCGCGAGUUCGAGGAGACGCCGUUGACCGCCGCGGAGGCCGCCGACUGCCGUGAGCUCAUCUUCCGAGGCCUGUGCAACGACGGCGGCGCCGCCGCCGACAGGGCGGCGACGCUGUUCCAGGUGUUCGACGACGAGCUCGGGUUCGUGACCGAGUACUACCACUCCGUCCUCCCCGUGAUGCUGGCGAGCCCCUUCUUCCUCCUCGUCAACUACAUCGUCUUCCCCGUCCUCGUGCUCGGCCUCUGCCUCAUGACCGUCGUGCUCUGCGGCAACGGCGACAUCGCCUUCAUCGCCGGCAGCAUCAAGAGGGACAACUACGCCGUGUCGUUCGGCUUGCUGAGGAUGACGAGGUGCCUCCUGAGCAGAGUAUUCCGGUCGCCGUCGGCGCUCUUCUCCUCCAUUGACCUCUCCAUCACGUUCCUCCUCUUCCUCACCAUCCUCUACGAGGAGGCGUGGGAGCUCGCCGUCUUCCUCCUCUCCAACUGGCUCACCGUCUCCAUGGUCUGCGACUACGCCGUCAAGCCGCCGAGCCGGCUCCGCCGCUCCGCCAUCCGCGGCGUCCAGUGGGUGACGAACAGGAUGAGCCGCCGCAAUUACCUCCGUGUCAAGCAGUACUCCGUGCUCUGGUUCUGCAGGCUCCCGCUGAAGCUGCCGGCGGCGGCCGUGCCGGAGGAGGCGAAGCAAUCCAUCGUGGAGUACCUCGCGGCGUACGACGGCGCCGUCGCCCCGCUCAGCGCCGGCAGGUCGGCGGUGGCGGCGAGGAACACCCUGUGCAACGCGUCCCGGCUGAUCUCGUCGGCGUGCGAGAGCGGCAGCGUCGCCGAGGUUAUACUCACAUGGCACAUCGCCACCAGCCUCCUGGAGGUGAGGUGCCCGCCGCACGCGGAGGAGGAGGCGGCGGCGGCGGCGAGGUCGAGCACGGUGGCGACGCGGCUGUCCCGCUACUGCGCCUACCUGGUGGCGUUCCGCCGGGAGAUGCUCCCCGACGACGUCGACUGCACGGCGCGGGUGUACGGCACCAUGACCACGGAGCUCAAGCGGGAGCUGGGUCUCAAGGGCUACUACUUCUCGACGGACGCCACCCGGUACGGGAAGAUGAUGGCUAUCGCCGGCGGUCAAGAAGACGACGAGGCGGCGGCGGAGGAGACGACGGUGGUGCGCAAGGGGGCGAGGCUGGGGAAGGCGCUGAUGGACGAGGCGGCCGGCGGCGACGAGGCGGCGGUGUGGAAGCUGGUGGCCGACGUGUGGACGGAGAUCGUCGUGUACGUGGCGCCGGCGAGGGACGCCGAGCAGGUGAGGGCGCACGGCGAGGCGCUGGCGCGCGGCGGCGAGUUCGUCACCGUGCUCUGGGCGCUCGUCACGCACACCGGCAUUGCCCGCCCCGCCGCCGCGUCGGUGUGAUCGCGGCAUCGAUCGGAUGGUGAUUGAGGAUACUGAUGGUUGGAGUGGUACAGUAAAGAUUGGUUUGCAUGCAUGGAUUGGCUAAUUUUUGGAUUGAUUGAUUGUUAAUCACUUCAUUAUGAUUAAUUUGCAUCCCAAUGGAUUGGUGUAACAUCAUAUAUCUGUGUGUUGAUGCAUGUGAUAUAUACAUACAUACAUGAUGUGUGUUACUGUGUUU